AUGGCACGAAUGGGCCGCAUCGGUUUCAAUGGAAGUGCCAUCGUGUUCCACCUGGGACAAAGUCGAUACCCCUUAGCCUCCCGCGAAGAGAAUGGCUUUGCGAUGGCCUCCGCGCCGACAAAGUCUUCCAAUUCUUUCCUGACCCUUCCAGGCCGACAAAAUGAUUCUUCCGCGCGGGAGGAUCUCGUCCCCAUGGCGCCUUUCCUUCGCUCGAGGUCCUCCAUCACAGAACCUUUGGCGUCUCGCACAUGCGCAUCCCCACAGAGUCCCGACCGGGCCAUGUCGCUCUCAUCGCGGGGCUUGUUUGCAGAUGUCGCUGCAGUGACUACUUGUUGGAAACUUAAUCCCGUCAACUUCGAUAGCGUCAGGAAGUCCUUCGAGGAGGCUGUGACGGAUCAGGGGUUGUAUGCAAGGUCAAGGGCAGGAUGGGAUUUUGCAUAUUCUGCAUCUGCUGGGCCUGGACACGACGGGCCAUGCACAUCGCCCCUACUCGCAGGAGUAUCACGGAAUAUCCGGUUUGUGGAUCACGAGAUGCAGGAGUUCACGGAGAUUAUAAAGCAGUUCUACGGAGACGAUAAGACGGCGUUCAUCUUCACAGCAGACCAUGGGAUGAGUAACUGGGGGAGUCAUGGCGAUGGGCACCCGCAUAAUACGAGGACGGUGCCACGUGGCAAGGAGGCCCCGGGCCAUGAAGAUGGCUUGACAGCAGGCUAUCUCGGCUGGAUCGAAUUCGCCUUCACGACCUCGGUUGAUCUUCAUGUGCUCCAUGGCAAGGUCGAUGCGCGGAGAUCACCGGGGCUCAUCCAUAGCUUCAUCCUCAUUUUGUUUUGGGAUGAAGUUUUCGCAUGGUCGAGGAGAGCGUUGGCCGAGGGCAAGAAACAACCAUUCUCGCAAUUCUCGAAGACCGAUGCAGUUCGAGCCGCAUUGAACUGUGCUGCAUAUCUGGCCUUGUUGGAAGUCAUGGUUCAAAAUCACUACAAGCGAGAGGUCUAUACGAUUGUCUAUUUGUUUGCGAUUGCUUGGCCACUGCUCUAUGGCACAAACCUCAUCAGGAUCAACUUCCCCUCUGUGUUACAUGCACUUUCCUGCGCUGCUAUGAGUGUCUUCACCCUUCUGCCAGCGAACAAAUAG